UCGAAAUUUUUAUGCCGACUACACAUUUCCUGCAUUUCCGAGAGCGAAUUAUUGUUUAUACUGUUUUAGCGCUGACCAUACAAGGCACUGCUUCUGGUGGAUGGUUAUGCAAUAAAGAAUGCAAAUUUUGCAGAAUUCGCGGACACCGUGUGGCAAACUGCCCGGUUUUAAUUGACUUCUGGCGAAAAGAAGAUGUGCCGUCAGGCCGUUGGCCUCGGGAUGUGGUUGCAUGGGCCAGGUUCCAAAGAAUUGCACAGCCACCUCGCGAAUGCUAUGCGUGCAAGGGAUCUCACGGAUUUCAUGAUUGUCCAAAUACUGAGGCAAAAAAUAAAUUAACUGCACUUUUGAAACGUUAUAAAGAAGGCCGAGGCAAUGCAUGGAAAUCCACACGAUAA